GAGGAGGAAAAAUGUCUUCUGAAUCUUUUUGUCUGGCUGCUCAAACUAGGUUCGACUCCAAAUGGUUGAAGACGGACUUACAGCUUGCUUUUACACGAGAUGGACUCUGUGGAUUGUGGAAUGAAAUGGUAAAAGAUGGGGAGAUUGUAUAUCCUGGAACAGAAUUAACACAAAGUGGUGAACUACCUCCAAGAAAAGAUGAUAGCACUGAAUGCCAAGCUGCUUCCAAGAAAGAAGAGCAGAACGACAAAGACAAGAAAGAAGAAGAAGAGACUCCGCUGCCCACUUACCGAGCCAAAUCGAUUGUUGAGAGUUGGGUAUGGGGCAAGCAACCAG